UGCCGACAGGGUAACGGGCUCACACCAGUUCCAGCUGCUCUUCGCCGGGACCGUGGUCGUGGCCGCCGCGGCGGUCCUCGUCAGCAGCUUCUGGGUCAGCAUCGCAGAGAUGAAUGUGCUGAUCCAGGUGCUCAACGGCGUGGCGAUGCCGCCGAUCGUGGGGUGCAUCUUCCUGCUGGCCACUUCGAAGCGGGUCCUCCCCGAGGAGUUCCGCGUGCAGGGACUGCGUGCCCAGAUGCUAGGAGCCAUCAUCGCGCUGUGCUCGUUCCUCGCGGUGCUCAUGGGCGUCGAGAGCAUGAGAGGGUAGUCGGCAACGCGCAUGCAGUCGUAGGAUUAGUGCUAGUAGGGGGAGGAGGAGGG